GAUCGUCGAUGGAAAAGGCUUACCUAAAAAGACUUUAGACAGCUGAUCGAUGAUUGUUAGCUAGAUUAGAAUCUUAUCAACUUAUUGGCGGACUGCACAGUGCAUCGGAGCGGCUAGGGAGAAUUGCAAAGGGACUUUAGAUCCUUUUUUUAGCCGACACUGUCAAUGGGUAUCGCGCUAAGCCGCUGAAUAUAGCAAGUAUCUGAAACAUCUGAGAAUUUGAGAUGUGCUAAAUUCUACCAAGUACUACCGGCUCGCGAAUUCCGGGAAAUCCGGGAUAGGAGCUGAUAGGAGCGUGCGAUAUUAAUCGUUACCUGGAAUAAAUUUCGCGGAAGAAGGAUGCUGUUGAGCAAAGUGACGUUAUUGUUUCGUGGAAGGACCGUUCUUAGGAAGACGAACACGAUAGCCAAGCCGUUCCUUCGGUCGACGAUCACUACGCCGUCCGGGGCGAUACUGCCCGAGCCGAAGAGAACACCGUUCAGCUUCCUGGGUGUCGUCAGCAGCGUAAUAUUCGGCUUGUUGGUCGGUGCCACGAUCAGUAAGAACAUUGCCAACUUCCUGGAAGAGAACGAUCUUUUUGUUCCCUCCGAUGACGACGACGACGAUGACGACGACUAGCGACCAGCUGGUUUUAUUCUAUUGUGAUUGUUGAAAAUACUCGGCCAGUUAGAUGUGCUCUUGUUGCUCUUGAAGAUUCAAGUUAGACCUUGCAGUGAUACAAGACCAACAAUUGUAUAUGAGAAAGAC